GUCACAGUGCAACAGUGCUAACUUGGCUUUAGUCUGAACACAGGUAUCAAACCGUGGAUCAAAACUGAAUCUUCUUUUGGCCUAAGGGGUACAGCAUGUGUGAAAUGCUUGACGAUAUCUUCACGAAGAACUUUAUCAAACUGGCCAUGGAUGAUGCCUUGGUCCCACCACAGUCUCAACUCAAAGUCCAAGGGCAGAGUCGGCUGAACCGGUCAGCCUCCUUCUUCUCUCCCCCCUCCCCUCCUGCCUCCUCGAGCCACAGCACGAGCACUGAGCAUGUCAACAGUAACGACAACGGCAGCCCUUUGUGGUCAUCCAACAUCUGGAGCCAGGGCCCUGUGUCCAAACCGAAACAGCUUCCCUUCAGGCCCGACCGCUCCAUGAGCCUGACCGAGUCCAGCAGCAGCCUGCUCUCCUCCUUUGGACAGCUGAAAAACCUGGAGGCUUUUCCCUCAGGCCCUUCGACUACCGUGGCUCCGCCGCCGGGCUUCCCUCCCUCGUCUAUCCUCCCAGCCCAGGUUCAACCAAUGGUGUCCCCUAAUCGUUACAAGACUGAGCUGUGCCGUGGCUUCCAGGAGACUGGCAGCUGCAAGUACGGCAGUAAGUGUCAGUUUGCCCAUGGCGAGGCAGAGCUGAGAGGACUGUACCGCCACCCCAAGUACAAGACAGAGCCCUGCAGAACCUUCUACAACUUUGGCUACUGCCCUUACGGUUCACGCUGUCACUUCAUCCAUGAGGACAAAAUCAGCGGAGGUCCGUUACCAUCUGCCAAAUUCCACAAUCAGCAGCAACCUCCCACAGCAACUCGCCACCAGCUCCGCCAGAGUGUCAGCUUUGCCGGGUUCCUAAGCUCUUCACGCAGCUCACCUCCUCCAUCAUUCUCUUCAACCUUGAAUGGUCCGAACAUGGGGUUCAGCCGUGCUCCCUCUGUUUCUCCACCUCCUGCCGAUCUCCUCUCCCCAGUGUUUAGUGACUCCCUGCAGCAGGAGGCAGCAGCAUUCCAGUUCGGCAACCAUCAGACCCGUGCCAGCACUGGAGACAUCCACAACAUUCCUCUCAUCCUGGAGCCAAAGGCCUCACGCUGUGUGUGUGGCCAUGGAAAUAACUUUAACAGCAACAACAGCAGAGCCUUCGCCAGCGUGGAGGACGGGCAUCACCAGGACAGCAAGCUGUUUCCUGGUUCUGGAGGCCACGGAGGAUUCGUGAAGCCUGCUGGACUCCAGCGUUUCUCCUCUGAGGACUCCCUGGAGGACAGCUACAGCAGCAGCAGCGGAGGCUCCAGUGGAACUGAGUCUCCAACGUUCGAUGGAUCGGCCACCAAGAGGCUCACUGUGUUUGAACGCCUGUCCCUGUCUGACUAAAUGGGAUCCAAAAGAGGAAGAAAAGAAGAGAACUGACACCUUGUUAACUGUGUCUGUUAAUCUGGACUUUCUUCAGAACUAGAACUGAUCAGGACAAGUCCACGUUUGAUAAAUAACACUUAAAGUUCUUAAUUUAUGUUUGUAAAAAUGGAUAAACUACACAUGCUGAGAUGAUUUUAGUACCCAAAUGUUAUCAGACUCUAUUUUUAUACUUUAAAAUAUUGUGUAGCUUAUUAGACCUUUGUAUGUGGUCUUCCAUAAAAAUGAACUCCACUGCAGGUCUUGAAAGUACUAGUCAAUAGUCUGGUUUGUACUUAUCAUAAAUCUGUUGUGAUCAAAAUUGCUUAUCUGUAUUGAUAAUCAUUAAUUCCUAUGCCUUAAAGAUUCUCCCUGCCUCAUAGGCUUUUUACUCUCGGUGCCACAAACAGUAUGUUUGAUUCAGUAGCCUUAUUCAGUGAGACCUGACAUGUGUCACUGAUGCCAAUUUAUCUGUGAUAUGCACUUUACAGCUAAUUCAAACGGGAAAAACUUUCAAGUCUCCCAGUAGCAUUCAACCAAAGCUUCAUACUAUCUCCUCUGUGUGUGUGUGUGUGUGUGUGUGUGUGUGUGUGUAUGGCUGUGUGUGUCUGUAUAUAUGCAUGUGAGGGUGUAUGUGUCAUUUUUCUAAGACCUGGGGUGCAAGCAUGUGUAAGUUGCAGAAUGCUGAAAGAUCAAAGUGUGCUAAUAGAAACCUGUAUGUCAGUGAGUCUAGAUCUGAAUGUCUAAAUCCUGACACACUUUAUAAGAUUUAGUUCUGUAAAACAUUUUGUUAUCUUUGCUUGUUUGUAUAUUGCACCCCAUCUUUUAUUGUCCCCUGUUUGUUUGACAGCCUGGUUCAGGGACUUUAACACCGCAGUAUUCCUUUCGGUUAUUGGUUGCCUUGUGUUGUUUAACUUAAACUAAUAUAUUUAUUAUAUAUUUAUUUGUGUUUAAAGAAAAUAAAUGUAUUUUGUACUUUAUUUAUGGAGGAAUAUUUCAAGGUCUGUGAAAUACCAAUGUGAGAAAACUCAGUAAAAAAGAUAAUCUUAUAUUUUUAAUUGCCUGAAAGAGACAAAAUCAAUUUCUGAAUAAAGAAAUUAAUGUAUAUGUUC